GAUUUCCUCCUCAAGGAUACGAGUCCUCACAGGACACUUAAUCAAAAACGGCCCUGAUUUGGCCUGUCGCACAUCCAGCCUAUUUCUAAGCAAGCGUAUUCCGUCAGAAGAUCCGGAUUCCGGUUGAUUUGAACUCCAAAUCUAAGCAAAUCAACAAUUAGAAUUUAGAAAACAGGCGAUUGACCCUUAAUAUAGUCCAAAAAGACUCCAACCCUCAAUCACGUGCAGUAGCCAUGAAGCUGGGCGACGACUUUACGCCAUUCACCAUCCCCAUCACUUACGACGUAUCAAUUCACGGCUCCCAAGCUGGAGAAGGGCCUCCUCUGCUCCUGUUGCAUGGCUUCCCGCAGACGAGUCUCAUCUGGCACAAGAUUGCCCCACGUCUAACAACGUCUUACCGUGUAAUGGCCAUUGAUCUCCGUGGGUAUGGUGCAUCUUCGAAACCACCUGGCGAUGCGUCUCAUAAGGCCUAUGCGAAAAGCACAAUGGCCCAAGACGCGGUCACGGUGAUGGACCGUCUUGGCCACAAGAGAUUCUACGUCUGUGGUCAUGACCGUGGGGGCCGCGUCACUCAUCAAAUGUGCGUCGAUCAUCCAGACAAAGUCAUCAAGGCAAUGGUUUUGGACAUCGCCCCCACGCUCGCCAUGUUCGAGCAGACGGACAAGCAGUUCGCAUCAGCAUAUUGGCAUUGGUUCUUCCUGAUACAGCCAGCCCCCUUUCCCGAGAUGAUAAUGCACAGCAAUCCGGAACUCUUCACCAAGAAGUUCCUGUCGGUGCCCGGGGUGCCGGAGGAAACCUUCCAUCCAGAUGCACGGAGGGCAUACACGGAUCUGUUUCGAAAUCGGGAUGCGUGCCACGGGAUGUGUGAAGAUUAUCGGGCUGGAGCCAGCAUCGACUGCCAAGAACAGAGGGAGAACUUGGCCAAGGGCAAGAAGAUCAAGUGCCCUCUCAUGGUGAUCUGGGGAAAUAAGGGUCUGGUUGAGAAGAAGUUCGAUGCGCUUGGGGAGUGGCGCAAGGUUAGCGAGAGCGAGGUUGUGGGGGAGGCGUUCGACUGUGGGCAUUACAUUCCGGAAGAGAAGCCGGACGAGCUACUGGUGCGAAUGACGGGCUGGUUCAAACAGUGAAAACGAGUAGCGCUCAAAUUCAGAUGGACGGCUCCCGCACCACAGCGAAGCCGUUCUUGC